UUUUUUUCCGUCACCUUACCAUGUAUUCUACAUCUUCCUUGAUCUUGUUAUUAUUGUUGAUCACACUUUACUUGACUCUAGCACAAGAAGAAUUAGAAAGCAUUUUAAAAAGAAAAGAUGUAGAAGAAACAACAACAAGUAGUGGUUUAACACCAUUGACAACGAAUAUUGAGAUCACAACAAGUACAACAGACGAUACAUCGGAUUCAGAUAGUGAAGAAGCAGCACAAAGCAUGAAUCAAGACAUUUAUAAUUCAAAAGAUUUGUUUAAAAAAGAACCUUCAGUGACCAAUGUCACCAAUCUUGUUCAAGUGAAACUGUAUUGUGAAGUAGACACAGCACUAUGCAGCGAAGUAGAAACAGUACUUAUAGCAGCAGCCAAUGAAUUUGCUAAAGUAGUGAAUCUAAAGACAAGAAUAAUAUUUCAAACAAGCUAUUAUAGUUUUUGUGUCAAUCAAUGUGCCAACAGUACUUAUGGAUGGGGAUCACCAAGUUCACAAUUUACAUUGAUCUCACUGAAUGAAGCAGACUCUAAUUUUAUUUAUCCUCAAGCAUUAGCGAAACAAUUAGCUCAGUUUACCGAUAGUUCCAACUGGGCUAAUUAUGAUGUGGCGAUUGAUAUUAACCAUGAUAUUCAUAUGAAUGCAGCCAAUCAAACAGGUCUCAAUACAACCAGCAUACCACUUCAAGGUGGAUUCUAUUUUGGUAAUGACACGAUUCAAGAUUAUCAGAUCGACUUGGAAUAUGUGAUUCUCCAUCAAAUGAUCCAUGGACUUGGCAUGGUGAGUUCAUGGGCUCCUUACUUUUCAGACACGACUUCUCCUUUUCAAAAGCUGUUGAGCGGGCUGAUUACACCCGAAGAUAGUCUAAAGAUAAUGACACCUAGCCCACAUUGGUAUGUUCGACACGCCACAGGCCCUGCUUAUAUCACUGGAUUUCAGCCCAAUUUGAUCUUUGACAAGUUUCUGUACUUGUUUAUCUCAGCCAGGAACCAGACGAUUUGGUUAGGUGAAUAUGGAUUUGAUAUGCAAGGAUUUUGUGUACAGGACAAUGAAGCCUUUAUUGUGAAUUUCAUGAAUGCCUUCUUAAACAAUGCGACUCAAUCUACCAAAGCCAAGACAAUCUAUGUAUCGAUGUCCAUGAGUAAGACCAUGACAUUUGAAUUCAGCCCUCUGUCAAGCCAAAGUGUGUAUUAUACCAAUGCUUAUUUAAACCAGACAUACAAGUCAAUGCAGCUCAUGACAGGUGUGAUUUCAAAGCAAAAUGAAGGUUAUUAUCGACCUGGUAUUAGUACAUCACAUGUGGAUGAUAGUUAUAUGGGUACGCCUGAUUUCUUGAUGACCCAUACGUUUGUCAAGGGCAAGGCACUGGCUGAUUUAGUACAAGAAGGCUAUAGUCAAAUACCAGACAUUGAGUACAAUGUCACUACCACUGUGCCUACCAAUAUCACGACUUAUCAUAAUGUCACUGUAGGCAAUCAUACCGUACUGAAUGCCACUCUGACGACAGAAGAGAGAAAUGUGACAGUCCAAUACAAGUACAAAUCACCUAUUGGACCAGGUAUUCUACGUAUCCUAGAAACCAUAGGUUAUUCCACUGUGUUGACAAACACCAAUUAUUCUGCUAGUAUCAUCAAAACCACAAAACCAGAUACCACUUGUGAUGAUACCAAUAGUAAUGACUUUCAGUCUCGUUCUGAUGAUUCUUCUACUACCACUGCCUUGUCUUUAGCUCAACCACAGUCUGAGUUUAGUUCAGUCUUUAGUGUGUUUGUCUUGUUGACAUUGAUUUGGAUAAUCCAGUAGGAAAGGGAGAAUAAAUAAAUAAAUAAAAGGGAAGGAGUUUAUUCGGAUUCAUGCCGUGCUCCUAACCAACAUAAAAUGA